GGAAUGGCCUGUAUUGAAAUUUGCCAAUCUACAGUACCAGCCUUGCAAAAAACCCGGUCACGUCUAAUGAGGCCAUUUUCAGAGAUGUGAUGAACAUCUGCACUCUAUUAGACUUCGAGUGCCGUUUUCCGCUCUCAUCUCAAUCGGCUGCCAAAGCAACGCCGGGUUUGCAAACCCCUCGUAGAUGUACGAUCGCUUCAAAGCAAAUUAUUUGCCGCCGGCAUGAGUCACGUGAAGAUAACAAACACCACACUUCCAAGAGUACGCAAGACGAGUGUGAACACAACCAAAGAGCAGGGAGGGAGCAGACGAGUUCAUGGUCGACUUGGGAGUACUCGCUGCCGAAGUCGAACGUGGUCGUGUGGGAUGGAACCAGGCGUUUGCCACGCAUUGCCAGCCGCGACGGCGCUGGUGGCCGAGGCGUUGAACCGCACGGGAUGUUUUGAGUGCGUGGUGCCGCAAGGGACGUUCUUGGUGUGGGCCAAGAUGACGGCUGCGUUGCCGAUGUCGUCGGAGGAGGUGGUGCAGCGGCUGCGGGACGACGCGCAGGUCAGCGUCGUGCCGGGUUCGGAGAAGUUCUUUGGUCCCGCCGCGUCCGGGUACAUUCGCAUCAGCUGCGCGACCGACAUGGAGCGUCUAUACGAGUCGAUGGAGCGCAUCUCGGCGUGGUGCAAGACAGUAGGCCACAAGCUGCCGAGGCAAGGGUCGCUGACCGUCUCGGUCGGGAGACUGGAGCGCCAAAAGUCGAUCAAAGGGUCGGUGCAGAAACCCACGUUGCAGCGGUUUGUCGACUCGAUCAUUCGUCGCGUCCUGCCGUCGCUUCCUCGACACACAGCAAUGGCUUAAGUCGCCAACAG